ACCCCACACCGCCAUUCUCUCUCUAAAACUCAUUUUCUCUCUCUCUCUCUCUCUCUCUCUCUCUCUCUGCAUUUCAUUCACAGUUGUUAGCAUUGUUCGAACGAAGAGCGGAAGAGGAGAGACUUGUGUAUCUAUCUCCGGCGAUUGCUUUUCGUUUGUCGAUCUCUCAUUCUACUAUUCGAUCUCUGAUCUUAUUGUGACAAACAGUUGCGAUGUCGAUCACAACCAUCAAAGUCAGCAAUGUUUCCCUAGGGGCAACUGAGCAAGACAUCAAGGAGUUCUUUUCCUUCUCUGGUGAUAUUGAAUAUGUUGAAAUGCAGAGCAAAACUGAACAAUCCCAAAUUGCAUUUGUUACCUUUAAGGAUUCACAAGGAGCAGAGACUGCAGUCCUCCUUUCGGGAGCAACAAUAGUUGAUCUAUCUGUCACUGUAACUCUGGAUCCAGAUUACCAGCUUCCACCCGGUGCUUCAGCACCACCCCUUAAAACAGGAAAUAAAACUGCAGGUAGUUCUGAAUCUGCAUUUCGGAAAGCGGAGGAUGUAGUCAGCAGCAUGCUUGCAAAGGGCUUUGUCUUGGGCAAAGAUGCGGUCAACAAAGCCAAGUCCUUUGACGAGAAGCACCAGUUGACUUCCACCACCACUGCUAAGGUUGCUUCUUUUGAUAAAAAAAUUGGGCUCAGCCAGAAGAUCAGCAUUGGAACUUCUGCUGUUAAUGACAAAGUUCGGGAAGUAGAUCAGAAAUUUCUAGUUUCUGAGAAAGCCAAAUCAGCAUAUUCAGCUGCUGAGCAAAAAGUCAGUACCGCAGGAUCAGCCAUAAUGAAGAACAGGUAUGUAUUUACUGGUGCUUCGUGGGUGACAGGUGCAUUCAAUAAAGUUGCUAAGGCAGCUGGGGAAGUUGGCCAGAAGACGAAAGAGAAAGUGGGAACGGUUGAAGAGGAGCAGAAAAAGAAAAUGGGGGAUGACUAUGCUGAGAUUCAUGUAUCCGAGCCACCUAAAGCUUCUGCACCAAAUGAGCAGCAGUCUUCCAAGCCCGCACCUGCACAAGGUUUGAUUCUGUGAUUCGUUACUUGUGUAAAUACCUUAGCUUUUGGAUCUGUGGUCUGAUAUCUUGCUCUUUCACAAGUGGUGAAUGUAGAGCAAUGUACCUUUAUAGUUGGAUUUGAUUGAACUAAAUGUGUUGACUCUGCUCCAUAAAUUUUUAAUAAAUUGAACUUCUGUGAGAUUACCGACUA